CUGCAGAUUGGUGUAUGAGGCAUGGAAGUGAACAACCAAACCAGGGUCCAGAUGUUUAUCCUCCUGGGUUUUCCCACAGUUCUAGAACUUCAGAGACUAUUAUUUGUAGUAUUUCUUUGUAUCUAUAUCGUCACUCUUGUGGAGAACACUAUGAUAAUCAUCCUCACCAGGACAAAUACUCACCUCCAAAAACCCAUGUAUCUCUUCCUCAGCCACUUGUCUUUCCUUGAGACUUGGUAUAUUUCUGUGACUGUUCCAAAACUCCUGAUUAACUUCUUGGCAACAGAUAAAAGCAUUUCCUAUUCAGGCUGCAUGGUUCAGCUGUAUUUCUUCAUAUCUCUAGCCUGCACUGAAUGUGUCCUGCUGGCUGUCAUGGCUUAUGAUCGUUAUGUUGCCAUCUGCCACCCAUUGCGCUAUCCUGUUAUCAUGACAUCCCAGGUUUGCUUGCAGCUAGCAGUGGGUUCCUGGUUCACUGGUUUCCUAAUUUCUAUGCUCAAAUUUUUUUUCAUUUCACGUUUAAAUUUUUGUGGGCCCAACAUCAUCAACCACUUCUUCUGUGACAUUUCCCCUUUACUUAAUCUCUCCUGUACUGACCGCACUGUGGCUGAAAUGGUUGACUUUGUAUUUGCUCUUCUUAUCCUUUUAAUUCCACUCUCUGUCACAAUGGGCUCCUAUGCAUUUAUUAUAGGUGCCGUUUUGCAUAUCCCUACAUACCAAGGAAAAAGAAAAGCUUUUUCUACCUGUGCCUCCCACCUCACAGUGGUUAUUAUCUUCUACUCAGCUACACUCUUCAUGUAUGCAAGACCAAGGAGAAUCCAUUCUUUUAACAUGAAUAAGCUUGUGUCUGUUGUGUACACCAUUGUUACGCCCAUGCUGAAUCCAUGCAUUUAUUGUUUAAGGAAUCAGGAUGUCAAGGAAGCACUGAAAAAAUAUUUUGCAACUUAA